GCUGACACGGCGCCAGGCAUCACAUGCACCCGAGGGACCAUUGUCUGUGUCCUAGGGCAUUAGAAUAACUGCCAAACGAUAGGACGACACGAGGCAAAGACAGCAGCAGCACUCUACUUUUACCGAGAUAAGUUUAGUUCUUACUCUAGUUGCACCACUCGCGCUCUCUCUUCUCCCUCGCUCCCCUGAGAUUGCAAUCUAAACAAAGAUCGAACACGUCCAAGCGCCAUUGCUGCUGCACAUUUUGGUGGAGCAGAUCCACUAGCUGAGCCCACUGAUCUAGUCUGCCAGAAUCCUGCAGUUUGGCAACCUGCCGAUGCAGAAGAUUCAGGUCGUCAACCCGACCGCUGCGUCCCUCCCGGCGCUCGCCGUCCUCGCCCUCCUCUUCCUCGCCACCGCGCGCCGCCCACCUUCGUUCCUCGACGCCUACCGGUCCACCGUCGCCUUGCCCUCGUCUGGUUCCGGUCGCCCUCGGCCCGCAGCUGCCGCUGCCCGGGUGCCCAAGCGGUGCGACAUCUUCCGGGCGGGCGAGUGGGUCCCGGACGACGACGCGCCGUACUACACGAACCGGAGCUGCCCGCUGAUCCAAGAGCACCAGAACUGUAUGAAGUACGGCCGCCCGGACCUGGGGUUCCUGCGGUGGCGGUGGCGGCCGGCCGGAUGCGAGCUGCCGCGAUUCGACGCCGCGGCGUUCUUGGACGCCGUCAGGGACAGGUCGCUGGCCUUCAUCGGGGACUCGCUCGCCAGGAACCACAUGCAGUCCCUCAUGUGCCUCCUGUCCAAGGUGGAGUACCCCAAAGACAUCUCCAAGACGACAAAUCCAGAGUUCAGGACGGUGCACUACGAGUCCCACAACUUCACCAUCGCCAUGUUCUGGUCGCCGUUUCUCGUCAAGGCGAACCAGCCCGACCACGGCGGCCGUCUGUGGGACCUGUACCUCGACGAGCCGGACCCCGCCUGGGUGGCCGGGGUCGCGGGCUUCGACCACGUCAUCCUCUCGGCGGCGAACUGGUUCACCCGGCCGUCCAUGUUCUACGAGGCCAGUCGCGUCGUCGGCUGCCACUACUGCCUCGUCCCGGGCGUCCCGGACCUCACGCUGCGGUACUCGCUGCGCGUGGCAUUCCGCGCCGCGCUCGGCGCUCUCACCGCGAGGUUCAACGGGACGGUGAUCGUGCGGACGCUUUCGCCGAUGUCACACUUCGAGGGCGGGGAGUGGGACAAGGGCGGCGACUGCCGGCGGACGCGGCCGUACGCGGCCAACGAGACGCGCAUGGCGGGGCUUGACCUCGACUUCCACACGGCUCAGGUGGAGGAGUUCUUGAAGGCGAAAGCGGCGGCCGUUGCGCUUGGAGGGAGCGCGGCGAGGCUGAUGCUGAUGGACACGACGGCGGCGAUGCUGCUCCGGCCGGACGGGCACCCGAGCCGGUACGGGCACUGGGCGCACGAGAACGUGACGCUGUACAACGACUGCGUGCACUGGUGCCUGCCCGGCCCCAUCGACGUCUGGAACGAGAUGCUGCUCCAGAUGCUGCUGCCGGAUUGAAUGAAAUUCAUUCGUGAUUCGUGCAAUAUUACUGUGGUCCGUGUGGUUCUUUAGUCACCUACCGUUCUUGAUCCAAACUAAUGAAGCUUGGUGGAGACUGACUAAGCUUAAGAGAACUCGAGAUUUCAUUGGUACAUCAAGGAUAUUGAUAUUCAAACACAAUAAACUACACAAUGGGAUCGGUACAUAACAAACGUCAGUGUACUUAGUGUACAGCCCACUGUUGCGCAUAAUG